AUGGCGAUCAUUGACAGGGCGUUAUCCCUGCUUGCCUUUGCUUUCAAGCACCCUCUGGCGUUCGUAUACAUCGCCUUGCAGGAGAUUUUGAGCCUUGUAUUCUCGCCCUCCCCUCCGCCACCGACCGAUAAGCUUCACCGUCCUAGGAUCGCCGUAAUUGGUGCUGGACUAACCGGCGUCUCCUCUGCCGCUCACUGUGUCGGCCAUGGAUUCGAUGUCAAGAUUUUUGAAGGGAGAGUGAAACAAAAGGGAUUAGGCGGUAUAUGGAGUCGUGUGAACUCGACAUCUGCCCUCCAAAUCCAUUCCAUCAUGUUUCGCUUUCACCCGUCCGUGAAAUGGGAUUCUGCCUACCCAAGCCAAAAGAAGAUAAAAGAGCAAAUAGUCUCAGUUUGGGAACGGUAUGGCCUGGAGAAAAAGACCGUGUUCGAUACGCCUGUGCAAUCGGUGAAGAGGAAUUCAGCUGGUCGGUGGAUCAUCAACGAUAAUGAGGUGGAACAUGGCACUUUUGAUGGAAUUAUUGCAGCUGUGGGAUCAUGCGGAGAUCCACAAAUGAUACAAUUGCCUAGCCACGAAAAGUUCAAAGGCCCAACAUUUCAUUCUUCAGAGCUUGAUGGAAAACAAGUGAAAGGAAAGAAAGUCCUAAUUAUUGGUGGUGGAGCUAGCGCUAUAGAGGCCUUAGAGUAUGCUGUGAAGUGCGGAGCUGCAGAAAUCGAUGUGCUGUCGCGUUCUGACAAAUGGGUGAUUCCCCGCAAUGUCUUUGUUGAUAUGCUGUUAGCACUCAAUAUUUUCGGUGGAGAGACCUCACUCUCUUGGAUACCAGAGUGGUUUUUAAGAAGGUUCUUUUACAGAGAUCUCGACGACAUCUCACCCGCCAAUAAGGGCUUGUAUACAGAUACACCAAUGGUGAACUCUCAACUUUUCGAUCAAAUCCGUGCUGGAAAAGCCAGAUGGCUUCGAGGAGACAUAAUCUCCGCAGAGGAAGAUGGUAUUUUAUUCAACCACCGGGCUAAAGGAGUACCAAAGGGUGGACCAGGUCAUGAAUCGCAAGUCAGGGGAGAUGUCAUCAUUAUGGCAACUGGCUACAAACGACCUUCAAUUUCGUUUCUUCCAGACCAAGUGUUUGAACAGCGUUACGCGCCGCCAAACUGGUAUCUCCAGGUUUUUCCACCUCAAGAUCCCAGCAUCUGUGCCACGAAUAGCACCUACUUAAAUGCUAUCGGAACUGUCGGCAACUACCACAUUGGCAUAUAUACGCGGCUCUUGCUUAUGUUCCUCGUUGAUCCUUUGACGCGUCCCCAAGAACCAUUGAUGAAACUCUGGAUCGACCUGACGAGGUUUCUAAAGAAAUUUGCGCCUACGAAAGCGUUUGACUUUUUCACUUACGCUGAGCUCAUAUAUUGGUAUUGCUUCGUGAGCAUCAUCAAUCCAUUUCGAUGGAAGUGGGUGCCAUUUAUUUUCUUUGGCAUGUUCCGCGGCUUGCCUGCAACAGUCGUUGAACAGGAGGACCGUUUUCGCGAACUGAAUGGAAAGGCUGAGUGA